GACAACGGGCAUCGGAGACGAUAGUUGGUCACAGUCAAACUCGAUAGGUAAACACGGAUCACAGGUGAAAUAUUCAUUUUGUUUUUACGAUGAGUGGGCCUGAUACGUUCAACGUUGUAUUUUCUGGCACUUCGUUUCUUGGCAUUUACAAUAUCGGGUCAGCCCAGUGUUUGUUGGACCAUGCCAAGAAUGUGUUGAAGAAAGUACAGUGCUAUGGCGGUACAUCGGUCGGUGCCAUCGUGGCGGCCAUGAUGCUGACGUCUCCAGAAAAAUUGCUCGUUCUCAUGGAUGAUAUCUUUAAACUAACGCAAGAAAUCCAAAGUCACCCACAGGGCGCCCUCACAGUCGGGUUUGACCUUACUGCUAGUCUGCGUACCAUCCUCGAUCGAGAGCUGCGAAGCGACGCCCAUCAAUUGUGUACAGACAGACUACAGCUUCUGAUCGCCGAACUCGUACCAACUGUCAGACCAGUUGAAUACAAGCCGCCGUCCGUGGAAGAGACGGUUCACCCUCGUUCGCAAGUACAGAAACCAAAAGUCUUUGAAGUUCGGGAACAAUUCUGGACUCUCGGGAAUCCAACUAUCAUAACUAAGUUUGAAAGUAGAGAAGAGUUGAUUGAGGCAAUAUUGGCAAGCAGUUAUAUACCUUGGUUUGAGAACUGGACGCCGCCACAAAUAAACGGAAAGUUCUGGGCAGAUGGGACACUGGUGACAUCAAGACCAAUCGAAGAAUUUAAGUUCUCUCCUGGUAGACUGAUUACAAUAGCACCGAACAAACAAGCUACGCACCAGCGCCCUCAGGACAACAUCACGCCAUUCUGGCGUGACGUCAGCAGAGAGAACUUCGACAUGAAGCCAUACAACAUGUUCCGCGUUGGGGACGCCCUCUAUCCGCCCAAAAAACCACAAUUGGAGAAGUAUUACAUGGAUGGUCUACAAGACGCCAAAGAAUUUUUGCAAAAGUACAGAUUUUUUGAACACAAUCAAGAUACGUUCACCAUAGGGGGUGCUAUUUACUAA